CCCAUGGCCGACUGGGCCCCCAUAGCCAAGGAGUACGACCCGCUCAAAGCUGGCAGCAUCGAUGGCACCGACGAGGAGCCGCACGACCGAGCCAUAUGGAGGGCCAUGCUGGCGCGGUACGUCCCCAACAAGGGGGUGACGGGCGACCCGCACCUCACCCUCUUUGUAGCCAGGCUCAAUCUGCAGACCACGGAGGAGAAGCUGAGGGAGGUUUUCUCCCGGUAUGGAGAUAUCAGAAAGAUCCGCCUGGUGAGAGACUUGGUCACGGGCUUUUCCAAGGGUUACGCGUUCGUCGAGUACAAGGAGGAGCGGGCGCUGCUCAAGGCCCACAGAGAUGCCAACAGGCUGGUCAUUGACCAGCACGAGAUCUUUGUGGACUUCGAACUGGAAAGAACCCUCAAAGGGUGGAUCCCGCGGAGGCUCGGAGGGGGAUUUGGAGGCAAAAAAGAAUCUGGGCAGCUGCGGUUUGGAGGACGGGACAGGCCUUUCCGGAAGCCCAUCAAUUUGCCGGCCAUGAAAAGUGAUCUGUAUGGAGAGGGAUCAGCGGAGAAAAGAAACUGGUCUCGUGAAGGAGUGAGGGACUGGAGAAGCAGAGAUCGAGACCAUGAAAGGAACAGGGACAAGAAAUGGCCAGAAAGGGAGCGUUCGUGGGCGUGGGGUGAAAGUGAGAGGGACCCCAAGGAGGACAAGAGCAGAGGGAGAGACAGGAGGGACAGGGACAGGAAAGACAGGGAUAGAGAGCGGAGCAGGGAAAGGGACACAAAGAAACCGAGAGAUGAGGAUAAGCAUCGAUAGGUGAAGGUGCCUUAUGUGUAAUUACAGGUUGUUUGGGGUCUACCAACAUCUUUCUCCCAGCAAGAACUAAGUCCUGCUUCUGCUGAAGGGACCUGUCCUCUGUGCAAGGACCGCUGUCCUUUUUGCUUAUUUGGGUGGUUGGUUGGUAGUUUUCUUUCUAGGGAAAGUCUAUUUGGGCCUAGAGGGAAGACAUGGGAAUGUCCUGGUCCUGCUGCUGCUCAAGGAUUUCCUUGUGUGGUAAAAGCCUACAGGGGAUGAAGGCGUCUUUUCCAUUGAAGGGACUGAACUGGGUAAUCCAGGCUCUUAAACGCUCAGAUACAACAACAAAGUUGACUUGUGAAUCUCUUAAACAUUUUGUGUGUUUGUGUUUAACAUGGAGUUCUUCUAUCCUAAAUACU